AAUUAAUGCUGAUAGUACUACUGGCCCAACAGCCUUAGGUCACUGCAAAACACUGCCUCACUUGGGGGUCUAAGCACACUAGGUGAAGACCAAUGCUAAAGCAGAUUCCUUGUGAAAAUUCAACUCUACCCCAUGCUGUGCUUGUGAGUGACUGCUCCACCUCCAGCAAGAUGUGUUUAUGUAUUUUAGGGAAGGGGUAGGAACCAGUCAGGUUGGAGAGAUUAGAAUUGAUGGGUUGUACCUCUGUGAACUAUUUGCCAGCAGAGAAACUACUAGGAGCCAUAUGCUUCUUCUAGGCUGGAGAUAGGUGGAAAACUUUCCCCUUUCUUUUUAUUUGUUUAUUUAAUUCAUUGCCGUUUCUUUUCUAUUGCUGUAUUUACUGCUGCUGUGUUUGGAGUAAAGGCAACUCCACGAACCACCUCGACAGCUCUCCCUUGGAAGCUGCAUUGCAACUGAAGUGGGGUGGGUGUGUUGAAUAAAGCCUUAGAAAAAUGCACUGGAAACAAAGGUUUAUUUUAACAGUGACUCUGGCCUUGCAAGUCUUUCACUUUGGAAAAGGCUGUAGAAAAGAGCACAGACGUGACACUGGAGAAAAUGUGGAUACCACAGUCCAAAAGUACCAUACCAAAGGCCAACUCACUACAUUAAAUGUCUUCAACGAGAUGAAUCAAAGCUAUGAGAACAAAAAGCAACUGAACUCUCGGCCAAUAGUGCCUUUUGUUGGUCUUACAGAUAGUAAAACCCUGAAUCGGGACUGCUGUCAAAAUGGAGGAACUUGUAUCCUGGGCAGCUUCUGUGCAUGCCCCAAACACUUCACUGGCAGAUACUGUGAGCAUGAUGAAAUGAAGAGCAAUUGUGGCACACUGAAACAUGGACAAUGGAUACAACAGAGGUGCCAGCUGUGUCGAUGUAUCUAUGGUUCUCUGCACUGUCUGUCUAAACAAAACUGUGCUGUAAGUGAGGAAAAGGAAUUUAUCCAUUUACUUUCAAAUGGCCAAAGAUUACAGCAAACAAUGUGCUUCCUCCUCCUAGGCUGUUUCUUCCCAUUGUUCUGCACCAGGCUGUUCUAUCUGCAGUGAAAGACUCACUUAUUAGGGCCUGCAUUCAUAUCUGAUUUGCCUUAUGAUGAAACUUAUCUUUCAAAAAGUAGGAAGACUACAGAUUAACAAAGGACAAUUGUCUUUUUGUCUACCUAUUUAACAGGUUUUUUUAGGGUUUUAAAAGUUAUGGUGCAUAUGUUAUUAUGUAUAAGGGUGGUUGUCGUUUAAACUUAUGGUUGUUGUUUAAUCUCCCAGUUGUCCUUCCACAAUAAACUGAGUGUUAGCUACCUCGCUUCUGUAGUGUUCACAGAAAACUACACAAGAAGCAAAGCAGCGAUUGCAGAUAAAAAUAAUGUUCUUUCCAGUGCACAUGCUUCUUCCAGGGAUGGGGAAUCUGCUGCUGUCCAGAUGGUGCUGCGUAAAACUCCUAUCACCUUUAGCCAUUAGCCAUGCUGGCUAGGGCUGAUGGGAGUAGGAACAUCAUUUCAAAGGCCUCAGGUUUCCCAUCCUUGAUGUUAAACAGACUGCAUGCUACUUUUCCAAAGGACAGGAAUAGUACUUAUUCUGGACCCUAGAAUUUGUCACAAAGUCCCUUUGGGUCCUCUGAAACGCUCAGAACAAUGUGAUGUGAUCCUUGUGAAGUGCAAGCCUUACAACAGCAUGGGCCUGUCUCAAAGAUUAGCCCCAGUAUUAAAGUAGUGUUAGUAAAAUGUUUGUUAAUGAAAAAGCACUAUGUUGCAUGAAUGCCAAUUUUUGUUCACUUCUGUUUGAAUUUGAUUUAAGCAGUUCUUUAUAUCUUGAAGUAUUAACUCUUCCAGUGGAAGCAAAACAUAGGUUCUAUGACUUAAGCAUUGUAAAGAAUAAAUAUUGUGUAUAUUUUGAAACCUUUGUAUGUGAAGAAUAAAAUUAAAUGAAAUUCGAAA